AUGGCGACGACACUGCCGUAUCGACCAUCCAAUGACUCCCUGUCCGCCUCCCACAACCCCAAGACCAAUGGGCUCCCCCGCCUUUCGCCCGCAACCUCCUUCGUCGGCCGGUCACCGAGCACCUCGCACGCCUCCGGGCAACGGAUAUCCGCCGAGAAUGCCGGCCUCAAGCCGCGCCGAUGCAAGUCGCAGUACCCGCUCGACUCGCCGGAGCGCCAUGUCGAAUACAUCCUGGUAGCUUCGUUCCAUAUCGACCGGGGCCCGAUAAUGGAGCACCAGUAUCCUGCUCCGAUCAGUGGCGACGAGAGCAUGCUGGCGGAGCUGAUGCUUCCGGAUCAAACACAUGUGCGGAGUCAAGACUGGACCAUCUUUUUCUUGCAUAAAGACACAAGCGGUGAGGACGAUGACGAAUCGACGGGUGGCAAUAAGAAGAAAAAGCGCAAAUCGCAGCGAUAUCACGGGAAUGAAGAGGGUGCCCACAUCCAGCACGAGAACAUCGACGAAGCCUCCGACGAUGAGGAUGACAGCGAGGACGAAGAGGGUGGCGAGGGGCCUCCUCUGAUGUAUGUGCUGAACCUGGUGAAUACGAAGCAGGAUAACACGGUCCGACGAGGCGCGGUAGUCAAGGCCAUGGCAAUCUGUACGCGGCAUUCGUUUCUCCAUAUAUACAAGCCAUUACUGCUUUUGGCGCUGGAGGAUUAUUUUAAGUCGCCAUUCCCCGAAACACUAGCAUCCCUCUACGACGCCGUCAACAACAUGGACCUCUCGUUGAUGCCGAAGCUUUCCAUACUGGAGCGCCAUAUCCUGCAAUCCAGCAACACCAAGGAGAUGUUUAUUGAAAAGUUUGAGCAGAUGAUUCACCAGCGGGAGGACGAAGAGACCCAGAAUGAGGAUUAUCCACCGUCGCCCAAGAAAGCCAGUCGAUACGUUCUGCCGCGGGAUACGCACGAGUUCGAGUCGAAAGUGGUCUACAACGACAUUCCAAUUCCAGUCAAAAUCCCGACGGUAAUCUGGCCAGAGACUGUGGGUGACUUCUCCCUCAUCAAGCUCAUCCAGACCUUUGCCGCGCCCCAUGCCGCCUCCCCUCAAGCCUUCCCGGUUCACCCCCAUUUGACUACCAGUGGUCCAUUCACGCACCCCAUCAUUGUCCUGGUCAAUGCUAUUCUCACCCAAAAGCGAGUGGUCUUCCUUGGGCACAACCGUCCUUCUGGGGAGGUGGCCGAGGCAGUCCUCGCGGCCUGCGCGCUUGCAUCUGGGGGCAUCUUGCGCGGGUUUACGCGACACGCAUUCCCCUAUACCGAUCUCACCAAGAUCGACGAUCUCCUCAAAGUGCCUGGGUUUAUCGCUGGAGUGACAAAUCCUACGUUUGCCAACCACCCGGAAUGGUGGGAUAUUCUGUGCGAUCUACCGACAGGCCGCAUGAAAAUUUCAAGUCAUGUCGAACCAGCGCCGGUAACCGAAGGGCUUUUGUUUUUCCAGCAGCAGAGUUCACUUUUGCUAAACCACCCUUCUCAAGCCAACUCAGACCCGACUGGUGACAAUCUCUUUAUGGAAGAUAUCCUCCGCAGUAUCAGCAAUCGUCAUGGGGAAAAUGCAAUCCGAGCCAAAUGGCGCGCAUACAUUACCAAAUUCACUCGCGUCGCCGCAGCCUUCGAAGAGACAGUUUACGGUGCUUCGAAUCUCUACAUAAUCGGCCCCGGUGAGGAGCUGUCUCCAGAUAGUCCGACUGGCCAGCAGGCCGAUAGCUCAGACCCGACAACACUGCGCGGACACGGGUACGUAUGGCCCGACGAAGCCGCCAAGCAACGCGAGCUCUCGGCGUCGGUAUCACGAAUCGAAGGCUGGCGCAACACACGGUCGUACUACUCGUACAUCCAGGACAUAGCAGCCAUGUACUUCCCCGCGCGGCCGAUCCAGCGCCCCGAUUUGCACCACCACCAUGACCGACUCCGGUCCCUGAAACUGUCCCACCCGGACGCUGCCGCCAUCUACCUGGCGCUGUCGCACGCAGUCAAGGACUACGCAGGGAUCUGCCAGCUGCUGACCGUGGCCCCAGAGAACCAGGCCGGGUUGUUCUAUCUGAGCAUGGGCUUGUUCCAUCCCGACCAGGUCGUCCGCGAAGCCACCGUCGAGCUCCUGGACCGCAUCGCCGCGCACCCGGCCGGGCGCCAUUUCUGGUCGCACCUCGGCCGGUUCGCAAAACUGGGAUACUUCCGCGUCAAGCGCGACCGCGACGCCGCCGCCCAGAGCCCCAUCUCGGGCCCUGGGUCUCCCAACUCUUCCCCGCCCACGAGCACCACCCCUGGCGCGAGUUUCGGCGGCGAGCCUCAGAGUUUGGUUGGAGUUGCUCUUGGGGAUGGUUUGUCGAGACGAAGCUGA